AUACAUAAGAGUACGGGCCAAAUCCGAAGGGCAAGCCCAACAAGAUUAGUCUACUUGUUGCCUAAGCAGCUACCAACAUCAAAAGCACCAACACUCGCAGAUUUUCCUAAACUUGAGUCUUUACGAAGCAUAAGAGCUUGACUAGGGAGAGAUUGGAAUCACAGUUCAGAAUUUGCACAGCACAGAAGCACAAUGGCUAGGUACGACAGAGCAAUCACGGUGUUCUCGCCCGAUGGCCAUCUCUUCCAGGUGGAAUACGCCCUGGAAGCCGUUCGGAAAGGCAACGCCGCCGUCGGUGUCCGCGGCACCGAUAACGUCGUUCUCGGCGUUGAGAAGAAAUCCACCGCCAAACUCCAAGACUCCAGAUCGGUGAGGAAGAUUGUGAAUCUGGACGAUCACAUUGCGCUUGCUUGCGCUGGACUAAAAGCUGACGCCCGUGUUCUUAUAAAUAGGGCUCGUGUUGAAUGUCAAAGUCACAGGCUCACCGUUGAGGAUCCUGUUACUGUUGAAUAUAUAACUCGUUACAUUGCAGGUCUUCAGCAAAAGUACACGCAGAGUGGUGGUGUGCGACCCUUUGGGCUUUCGACCUUGAUUGUUGGGUUUGAUCCCUACACGUGGGCGCCUUCUCUGUACCAAACGGAUCCUUCUGGAACCUUCUCCGCGUGGAAGGCCAAUGCCACUGGGAGAAACUCGAAUUCGAUUCGCGAGUUUCUAGAGAAGAACUAUAAGGAAACUUCUGGGCAAGAAACUGUUAAAUUGGCUAUCCGGGCAUUGCUUGAAGUUGUUGAGAGUGGAGGCAAGAACAUAGAAGUUGCUGUAAUGACUAAGGAGGAUGGUCUGCGUCAACUGGAGGAGGCUGAAAUUGAUGCCAUCGUAGCUGAGAUUGAAGCAGAGAAAGCAGCUGCUGAGGCUGCAAAGAAAGCCCCUCCUAAGGAGACAUGAUUUUCUGUUUCUCUAGCUUUGUAUUACGCGAACAUUUUCUAGCUAGGCGUUGGCUGUACUUACUCGACCUAAAAUUCAUGCCAUUGUGUCGUGAGGUUGGAACAGAAAACAGCUGGUGAGGCUGCAAAGAAUACCGUUUUUAAGGAGACAUUAUUUAUGUGACUUUUGUUUAGCUCGUGAAUUGUUCUUGCUAGGUGUUUGGAACAUAAAAUGACUGCUUUAUUGAUCGAGUCCCAUCAUAUAAUAUCGGUCAAAUUAAUUGCAUGUCAUUGUUUGUAAUGUGUUUGGUAAAAUUUUUAAUUAGAUGAAAGCUUAUUCUGCUUAC